UUGGAGGGGAGAUAAACAUUUGUGAGGCCUCAGUAUUCGGCCUUACCUCGUGUCGAUAUUGGAGGCUGUUGUUGAAGACUCUCUGAUCAAUCUGGUGCAGAAAAUUCUCAAGAAAAUUUCCUCAAAAAAAAAAAAAUCUUAAGAAAAUGUCUAGUAGUGGGAAUACACACUGGUGCCAUGAAUGCCGGCGUGCAGUACGCCUCUCUAGUCGAGAAUCCCAAUGUCCUAAUUGCAAUGGAGGUUUCAUAGAAGAACUUGGAGAUUUAGGAGGUCUCUCAACCUUUUUCGGAAAUUAUGAUGACGAUCAAGAGCCAGGGGCUCGAAUCAUCGAGGCCCUAUCAGCCUUGCUAGGUGAACAUCGAUCAGGCAGGAGAUCUCGUGAAGUUGAUGUACGAGGGCGUAUCGGUCAAAACCGAGAAGGCAUCGGGUUUGGGUUUGGGCCAUGGGUGGUCUUUAGGGGCCAACUCCCUGCUCGAAUGAUGGAUGAAGGGGGAAUGGAGUUUUUUUUUGAUGCGGGCUCUGGUGUCGGGCUAAGACGCUUACCCCCAAAUUUUAGUGACUAUUUCAUGGACUCGAGGCUCGAAGCCUUGAUCGAGCAGCUCACUCAAAAUGACAGGCGUGGCCCCCCACCUGCCUCCCGAUCCUCAAUAGACGCAAUGCCCACAAUUAAGAUCACUCAAAGGCAUCUGCGUGGAGAUUCACAUUGCCCUGUCUGCAAGGAUAAGUUUGAAAUUGGUAUCGAAGCAAGAGAAAUGCCAUGUAAGCACAUUUAUCACUCAGAUUGCAUUGUUCCUUGGCUGGUUCAACAUAAUUCCUGCCCGGUUUGUAGGCAAGAAUUAACUGCACAAAACGCUAGCACUGCUCGUGAUACUGGUAGGCCUAGCAAUGGAAACCGGAGUACUGGUAGCAAUGUGGAAGGCCAAGGGAGACGGAACCUGUUCUCUUUUCUUUGGCCAUUCCGAUCAUCUAGCUCGACUUCAAACCAUAGGGAGACUGGAGAUAGCAGCUCGACAACAACUGCAACUGCAACUGCAACCCAUGAGGCGAAUAUAUGGCCUUUUGAAGAUUAGGUUUUUUUCCGGGUUUGGGCUCGAUGCUUUGGUUGCUGUAGCCUUUUGCAGAUUGGGGCAUUAAAGUUAGAUUGAAAGUUUAAAUAACAACCUCGAAUUAUGAGAGUAGUGACCUGAAAAUACUUGUUAGGGGAAGAGACCUUUGGUCUAGCUCCUUUCUUUUCCUUUUUUUUUUUUUUUGGCAUGUAAAUAAUGUACUUUUACUCUGUGUUAAUGUUGUUUAGAAGUAAUCAAUGGUCUGGUUCUGUCGUCUUUCA